GCGGGGCAGGCGGGAAGAGACUGUGAUUUCCGAUUGGCUGAGGGGUUCGCGGCCGUUGGGGCGAGAAAAGGCUGUGGAAAGCUUGAGGCUGUGGUAUGAACAGGGUUUUCCUCAGACUUGAGGGGAGGACAAGCGCGCAGAAAGGGACGAAUUAACCAGGAUGCGGCAGAAGAGUCUACAGAGAAGCUAAGGGCGUCGGUUUACGGAUCCAGUGAGCGUUCAGGUGCCCGAACAGGGUUCUGAAAAUGGACCGACCUGUAAGGCCAAGAUUGGCCUCUCUCAGUGACUUUCAGUUUGGAGCUGUUGCCACAGAGACGAUCGAAGACACUCUGCUCCACUUGGCCCAGCAGAAUGAGCAAGCCGUUCAGGAGGCCACGGGCCGGAUGGGCAGCUUCAGGGAGACCCGGAUCGUGGAGUUUGUUUUUCUCCUGUCUGAACAAUGGUGUCUGGAGAAAUCUGUGAGCUACCAGGCUGUAGAAAUCCUAGAAAGGUUUAUGGUUAAGCAGGCAGAGAACAUCUGCAGUCAAGCCACAAUCCAGCUGAGAGAUAAGGCGGAGCCUCAGAACUGGAGGGCUCUGAAAGAACAGCUUUUCAACAAGUUUAUCCUGCGUCUUGUGUCAUGUGUUCAGCUGGCAAGCAAACUUUCCUUCCACUACAAAAUAGUCAGCAAUGUUACAGUCCUGAAUUUCCUCCAGGCUCUAGGGUAUCUACACACCAAAGAAGAACUGGUGGAGUCAGAGCUUGAUGUUUUGAAGUCCCUGAACUUCCAAAUCAAUCUGCCGACUCCCUUGGCAUAUGUGGAGAUGCUCUUGGAGGUUUUAGGUACUUUAUUAAGUGUGUCGGGCAUGUGGGUUGGAAUCUUCCAUACAAGGCAGUAAAAGGGAAUUAGUUGCUUUAGUGGUUAAGGAUUUGGAGUUGUCACGGCAAGAUUGUCGGGUUAAAUCUCUGGCCCAGGAAAUUCCACGUGCUUCGAGUGUAGCCAAAAAAAGAAAAAAAAAAGAAGGCAGUAAGAAAGCGCCCAGGGGUUUGAGGGCAGUGGGCAGAACCUGACAAUGAGGAAAACAGCAAGUCCAUGAUGACUGAGGAAAGCCGUUUAAUCUAGCACUUGUCAGGGGAAGAAACACCAGUCUUAGCAGCUGGUUUCUAUUUGACUGCAUUAAGCACUCUCCUAUUGCAGGAUCAAAGAGUUGAUUUUAUAGAGAGGCAUGAGAUAAAAGGGGACAAACACACUCUAUUUGUAUAUAUACUGUAGAUGGCAGUUUCUCUACCUCUCCCUUUGUCCUUUAAAGUCGACCUCCAGCUAAAGAGGUUUCUCAGAGUAGAACAUAGCAACCAGGAAGCACAUGAGCAGCUCAGCAGCUUUGUGUCAUACGACAACUAUGAUUCUGAUCAGAGAAGACACACACAAUGCUUUUUACUACAUGCAUCUCCAUCUAGGAUACAAUGGCUGUUUAGUCCCAGCCACGAGGCUACAUGCGACCUGCCUGACCCUACUCGACCUAGUCUAUCUUCUGCAUGAACCUGUAUAUGAGAGCCUGCUGAGGGCUUCCAUUGGGAACUCCACACCCAGUCAGCUGCAAGGGUAAGGCAACUCCUUUAAAUGUAGGCUCCUUCCAGAAAAAGGGAGUCAGGAACAAACCAUGAGAACUUGGGUAAUGAAGUUUACCUAGCAAGGCACCUGAUUCACUGCUACCUGUGCAGGUUACCUUGUUCUAAUUAACUUCCAAUAUGUUGUUUGGAUGCAGAUGACCGAACCCAAUCAGCAAAACCAUAAAGGCUUUUACUUUCAAAUUUAAAUGACUUCAAGUAAUUAGCAUUUUCCCUAGUUCUUUUUUUAUAGCUGCUUAUAAUUUGAGAUUACUGAACUGCUUUUAUAGUCACUUGGGGGAAAAAGCCAGUGAUAGGGUUGCAACUUGGACAAAAGUGUUUGAUUACUGUAAAGUCAGACUGGUAAAAAUCCUCACAGUUAUAUUUGUUAGGGAGGCAAAUGGAAAACAAAAGGUCCAUAAACCAUUCAGACAGGAGGCUCAUGUUUUAAUCCCAGUAGAGUUGCGGGAGGUUGGAAGAGGGAGUCAACGAGCUAUUACUUGGCCAUUUCCUUCCAUGCAUUAAAAAUUCUAAGGUGACCAACAUAAACAACUCAGAGUUGAAGUUCAUGACCCUAGGAUUUGGAAGAUGCAAUUUUAGCUCCAAAAUUAAUAUGGUUUUAAUCAUUUAGGGAAAAGUUUGUUUCAGUGAAGGAAGACUUCAUGCUGUUGGCAGUAGGAACCAUUGCAGCAAGUGCUUUCAUCCAAAACCAUGAGUGUUGGAGCCAGGUAUGCACCACUGAACAGGACCAGCAUGGUCAGAAUUCAUUUAAUAGAAAGCAUUCUCUCAUCAGUUAAAGGAAAACAAAAGACAAGCUAUAAAAAACAAGUGCCAAGACCCAGGAUGAGGAUGAAUAAGCAGGAUUUGGGAGAGAAAAAACUAGAGUAGGACUGAAAAAAUGUCCUCCAGUUCUCCUCUUAUGAAAUUGGAAAUGGAGGCCCAAGUUCAGCCUGUUCGUUUCCCAUUAUGAUGAUAAUCUGCUACUAUGUUGAAGUCCAAUAAGUAUAUCCUCCCAAAUAGAGAAGAUGUCAAGACCCAAAUAUCCCUCUUGUAUUUCACCAAACUGGAGAUAGCAGAGGGAAAAGUCUAGCAGAAACUUUCCAUGCUAACACCCUCAGGGCAAAGGUAUCCUAGUGUGAUCUGGCCAUUGGCAAACACUGGGAUCUGGAUUUAAUCUCCGUAAAUUCAGAAAAAAUUUACACUUGGCUUGAGAGAACAAUCCAAUCCCAGCAAUGUGUCUGUCUGUGCACUAACACACACUUCUUUAGUAAUAAGAAAUCUGUCUGUUUCUGAAGGUUGUGGGGCAUUUGCAGAGCAUCACUGGCAUUGCCUUGGAGAGCAUUGCUGAGGUCUCUUACGCAAUCCUGACUCACAGUGUGGGAGCCAGCACUCCGGGCCAAAAGCAGCCUGU